UAUUGCACAGUACAUGCUUUGACGUGAGUGAAAUGGAUGUGUGGAGGACUCUGCCUCCGUGCAUGCAUUUGGCUUUGCUCUUUUUCUUCAUGCAUUUUGAAAGUGUGUCAACAUUCGAGCUUACAUUGCUACACACCAACGAUGCUCAUGCUCGGAUUGAGGAGAAUAGUAGAGAGUCGGGUAAAUGUAGCCCAGGUAGUCCUUGUUUUGGCGGAGUGGCCAGGAGGUUCACAAAAAUAGCAGACAUCCGGAGCAAAGAACGGAAUGUGUUAUUGCUGGAUGCUGGCGAUCAGUUUCAGGGUACUGUCUGGUUCAACUACUACAAAGGGGAGGAAGCUGCGUAUUUCAUGAACAAGCUUGGAUAUGAUGCGAUGGCAUUUGGAAACCAUGAGUUUGACAAUGGAGUGGAGGGCCUGCUCCGCCCUUUUCUGCAGAAGGUGAACUUCACUGUUCUCAGUGCCAACAUCAAGGCAGAUGCAACACUCGCCCCAACUAUCAAUGGUUACUAUCAACCCUACACAACAUUCACGAUGGGCUCUGAAAUAGUGGCUGUGGUAGGUUACACCUCAGUGGAAACUCCAGUCUUAUCCUUACCAGGUCCACACCUGAUCUUUGAGGAUGAGAUCAAAGCCUUGCAGGUCCAGGUGGAUAAACUGAUCACUCUUGGUUACAAUAAGAUCAUCGCCCUUGGACACUCUGGAUUUGACGUGGAUAUAGACAUCGCCAAGCGAGUGAAAGGCGUGGACCUGGUCAUCGGCGGACACACCAACACUUUCCUCUACACAGGGAGUGUCCCAUCUUCAGAGGUGCCGACGGGUCCCUACCCCUUCAUGGUGAGGUCUGAGGACGGGAGAGAUGUCCCUGUGGUACAGGCUUUUGCCUUUGGGAAGUACCUGGGAUACCUCAAGUUGGUCUUCGAUAAAGCUGGGAACGUGCUGAAGGCGAAUGGGAAUCCCAUCCUGCUGGACAGCAGCAUAGCUCAGGAUCCAGGUAUCCUUGCUGAUGUUGACGAGUGGAAGAAGAACUUGGCCCAGUACUCGUCUCAGUACGUGGGGAAAACCCUGGUGUAUCUCAAUGGAACCUUCAAUGAGUGCCGGUUCCGAGAGUGCAACCUGGGGAACCUCAUCUGUGACGCAAUGAUUCAUCACAAUAUCAAGUAUGCAGAUGAGAUCCAGUGGAAUCACGUCAGUUUAUGUGUCCUGAACAGUGGAGGCAUAAGGACGGGAAUAGAUGAAAGUCACAAAAAUGGCACCAUCACCAUGGAGGAAGUUAUGUCAGUCUUACCAUUUGGGGGCACUUUUGAUCUGGUGCAGUUGAAGGGAUCAACCUUGAAAAAGGCAUUUGAAAACUCUGUCCGAAGAUACGGGAGCAGCAGAGGAGAAUUUCUUCAAGUUUCAGGAAUCCAUGUUGAAUACGACCUGUCACGGUCGGUGGGGGACCGUGUGACGUCCUUGAGCCUCCGCUGCUCUCAGUGCCGUGUGCCCAGAUACGAAUCCCUGGACCCAGACAGGCUGUACAAGCUGGUCCUACCAUCCUACAUCGCAGACGGAGGAGAUGGUUUUACCAUGAUUAAGGAGGAGAAACUGAAACAUGACACUGGUGAUCUGGACAUCUCGGUUUUCGCCAACUACAUCAAGGAGAUGAAGAGGGUGUACCCAACUGUGGAGGGCCGCAUCACGUUCAGAAACUCAUCCGUGGCGGCUGGGGCCAACUGUCUGACUUUGUUACUGCUAGGCCUGAUGUGGGCCCUAUCCACAAGUUUAUGAGAGAUUAUUUCCAGAAGAUCACAAUAUGGCAGGUUUCUGUGGUGAUGUGUCACAUAUUUAAACUUUUCUAAAAUGGCUGCUGUUUAUGAGAAAGAGUAUUAUACUAUUUCAAGAAAUAAUGUAUUUAUAUUUGCAUUACUACAGUAUAUGCAGGUACAUACAGGCAAGUGACACAAAAACUGUCAAUUACUUUGUUUUGUCACUUUUAUAGAGUCAUGUAUAUUUUGUAUUUUAUUGUUGUUGCAAUUUAGUCGUAUUGAUUGACAUAUUUGUGAAAGUUAAUGAAAGCAAAAUAUUUUAGGUUAAAACCUUUUGAUACUCUCAGAGCCCUAAAAGAUUUAGUAGAUGAUGUGUAUUUUGCAUGCAGGAUAUACAGCAGAGUGCCUUCAGAAAGUAUUCAUACCCCUUGACUUCUUCCACAUUUUGUUGCAUUCCUGCCUGAAUUUAAAAUGAAUUAAAUAGAUUAAAUCAAGGGGUAUGAAUACUUUCUGAAUGCACUGUACAGUAAGUCUGACUGUUCUGUGUGUUCGGGGGAGCUGUUGAGUUUCCACUGAAGUGAUGACAGUUCCGAUGAAGGAAUCUAAAGAAUUCUCACCAUUUAGCUCUAAGGCAAGCCAAAUAAUACCAUGGAAAAACCCAUGGCAUUAAAACAUCACUAUUUCCAAGUCUUUCCGGAAAGGCAGGACUGCAAGCUGCCAAUGACAGCGGCAGAGUGCAGACUAAAAAUGACUCAUGGCUCUGAACAUGCGCAUGUUUACUUCAUGAUAAUUAUAGGCCUAUAAGGGCACAAGGCGAGACCCAAAUGCAGACACAGGAGGCAAAUGGUAGAGCUCCGAUAUGUAUUAUAACAAAGGGAGUAGGCAAAGGCAGGUCGGGGACAGGCGAGAGUUCAUAACCCGGGUCAGACUCCAAACAGUCAGAAACCAGAUCGAGUCCAAAACAGUACAAGGGGAUAGGAAGGAUGUUGGUCAGAACAAGCAGAGUGGUCAGGCAGGCGGGUUCGGAGGCAGUACAGGCAAGGGUCGAAACCAGGAGGACUAGAAACAAACAGAGACUGGGAAAAAUAGGAGCUUGGAAAACCGCUGGUUGACUUGGCAAACUAGAGGAACUGGCACAGUGAGACAGGAAACACAGGGAUAUAUACACCGGGGAUAAUAAGCGACACCUGGAGGGGGUGGAGACAAUCACAAGGACAUGUGAACCAGAUCAGGGUGUGACAAGGCCAGACAAGAAACGAUAUGGGGAGGUUUACAAAAGCAGCGACCAAGUUUGAUUAAUGAGUCUUCAGACAUUUUUCUUUUAUUAUCACAAUCAUGUUCAGUCACAUCCCCUUUUCAGUAUUAUUGUUUUAUGAAUCAGUAAAAAUGAUCACAAGUGCAGCGGUAUGAGUGGUUUAAGUGCUGUAUAUACAGUUUAUUCCAACAACAUGCAGCAGAUGAAGCAGAGACUAAAGCCAGACAAUCCUCUUGCCACGUCCAUGGAGCCAUGUUAGAAGCAGUCUCCUGCUGUCCCUGCUGCUGGUUGAAAACCCCCCCACAUCAAAUCCACAUGUACAAUGUAUGUAUUAACACUGAAGGCUGUAAAGCCCAAACAUCUGUGUAUGCUGAUGCAGUGAAAAUAAUAAAAAACAUUGAAUAAUGAA